AGUCCUAUACAGGGUUGCAGUUCUUAUGAGUAUACCCUAGAUGGCGCACCUCUCUUAUUUGACCGACAUUCACUACUUUCGCUUUCAAGAGCAAGCACAUGGCAAAAAUCACUUGUGAGGCACGGUGAGAAGGCAAACAUCUAUCCUGUGUGCGUUCAUGCCAAGAAAACCACACACACACACACACACACACACACACACACGUACUCACUCAUUAAAGCUAUUUUUGGAUGAAACUCUCCGAGCCCUUUACUCUCUUACCGGAGUCUCCAGUUUUCAAGGACUAUCAGAACAUUCCAGAGGUUCCACCUCAACAAAUGGUCCUUCGAGCCGGAGGAUAGUAACCUUGAAGACAACAUGCAAUCCGAGCAGGAGGUCACACCAACCAUUGUGCAACCUCGUACUCAGCGGGAGAGACAUCCACCAGCCUACUUGGGUGAUUAUGAUGUUGGAUAUCAACCAAGCCAGAUUCCAGCUUCCAGUGCAGGGGACAGUAAUACAAUGCCAGCAGCUGCCAUUGCAUCUGCACAUCCAGAUGAAGCGCAUGUGCCUUGCCGAUCAUUAUCAGCACAUUCAUCUGCAAAGUCACGUCAAAGCCGUUCCAGGACAAAGACCACCAGAAGCAGUGUAUCCAGCCAUUCGACAGCUUCGCAACUGACAGAGCUACAGGCAGCUAUUGUAGAGGAAAAGCUGAAAAGUAUGGAGCUAGCAGAGAUGCAGAGGCAGAUGGUGGAGGAGAGCAAAGCUGAGGAGCAGUGUGAGUUCCUGGAUCAACAAGCACGCUUAGCAUUAUAUGAGAGAGAAGAAUUACUCAGAGAGCAGCAGAGGAGAAGUCAUCAGUUAGAUGAAGAGGCUCGUGCAGCACACAAGACCAAAGAACUGAUCACCAAACAGCUUGAAAGACAGCGUCGUAUUAAGCAGAAAGAGAUGGAGCUGGAGAAAGCGCGUCUUGUUGCUUCACUUCUCCGAGAAUCAGAGACUGAGAAUGCAACUGCUAUUUCACAAACUGAAGGUGAACUUGACCCAGAGCAGGUACAGACUGAUACACUCCGUUUACCAAAGGUAGAGGUUGCUCACCAUACACUACGACAGUUCCCUGAUAGUACACAGCACUCUACACCACACACAUAUCAGAGUAAACCUGUUACUGCUCAGCCAUUAGUUCCACAUUCAGUACAUGAGCACAUUACCUCUCAUGCUACAUCCAAAUCAUUAUAUGUAGAACCAAUGAAUGGUUCUCCUAUCUGUUCUGUUGCAGCACCAGGUGUGUUUCCCUCACAGGUAAAAUUACAUGUUGCAGAUGUUUGCCCUCCUUUAACCGUACAGCCAUCUUUGUCCUAUGAGAGACAAACAUAUAGUCAGUUAGGCUCUAACCUUCUAUGCCCAGGUGCAUCAUAUGUGUCUCCGGAUUCAACAGCGACCAGCUAUGCUCAGCCACCUCACCAGUCAAUUUCAGUACCGUCUCAGCCCACAAUUAAUCAGUCACAAAAUCCUGUUAGGCAACAGCAGUUAAGCUCACAGCCAUUACCCAGGCUAAAUGUUCCCAGUGUACAGCCACCAGCCCCAGCCAAUGUUAUGGAUAUGCUAAUUGCUAAUUCAUAUGGUAUACCUAAACCAGCUCUGCCUACAUUUGAGAGUGGUAGGGAGUCAGACUUUGCCCUACUAAAAAUGGCAUUAGAUAGUCUCAUAGGCUGCCACGCUCAUCUCACAGAGCAGUUUAAGUACCAGGUACUUCUAGACAGAAUAAGACUACCCAGUGCAUACAAAUUAGCACAAGCCUAUAUGCAUGAUCCUACACCGUACACUACUGCAUUGCAAGCCCUCCAAGACAAAUAUGGGCAACCUCGAAUCCUUCUGGACAAUCAGAUUCAUUCACUGCACCUGCACAGCCCCAAUCACCAGACUUAUCACCAAUCACCUUCUCCUGUUGCUCAUCAUCGCUCACACUACAUAAGCCUGUAA